AUGGAAAUCUUAGCAGUGAGCACGGACAGAAUAGAGCCACAGCUAAUGUUGCUCAGCAAGCAAGUCCAUUUCCAUAUUGUGCAACGCGCACUGGCAAUGAAUAAUAGACUUUACUCGCGAAUCUGUCUCCCCACUUCUGGUGAAACGGUUGCUUUGUCGGGUCAGAAGGGGCCGAUGGAUCAGUUCAGUGGCAUGCGUCAGUCCAAGCCAUUGACGAUGUCGUCUGUUGAGAUUCGGACAUCUUUCUUUUUUCAUGCGUCUAGUCCUGUAUAUGCUAUUCGGAUGGCCUUACUCCAUCUCGUCCAGCUCCCUUGA